AUGGAGAAGUAUGAGCAAAUACUAACCAUAGGCAGGGGAUCAAGUGCUGAGGUCUUCCUGGUGAGGAACACAGAGACAAAGAAACUGUUUGCCGUGAAAAAAAUCAAGACAGAUCCAUCAAAGAAAAUGAGAACCAAAGAGGCAGUGCUUCAGGAGGUGACCAUCCUGGGCAAACUCAAGCACCCCCACAUUGUAACCUGCCAUGAGCACUUCUUUGAGGAGGAACAUAUGUUCAUCAUCCAGGAUUACUGUGAUGGUGGCUCCCUGGAUGACCACAUUAAGAUGAGGAAGGAGGGGUACUUUCCCGAGAACACAGUCAUGGAAUGGUUUGUGCAACUAGCUAUGGCUGUUCAGUACAUCCAUUCCAUAAAGAUCCUGCACCGAGAUAUCAAAACAUCCAAUGUGUUUCUCACUAAGAAAGGGAUGGUGAAACUGGGGGACUUUGGCAUUUCGAAGGUCAUGAACAGCACCCUGGACAUGGCAAGCACUUUUGUAGGCACACCCUAUUACUUGAGCCCAGAGCUCUGCGAGGAUGUGCCGUACAGCUCCAAGUCGGACAUCUGGGCGCUGGGAUGUGUUCUCUUUGAAAUGUGUGCCUUAAAGCCACCUUUUGAUGGAAUAAAUCUGGUCAGCUUGUUUUACAAGAUUGUGAAAGGCAAGUAUGCUGCUGUGCCAAAGUGCUAUUCUGAGCCCCUGCAUGGCUUGAUCCAAACCAUCCUGGAGAAGUGCCCAGGAAAGAGACCCAGUGCCAGCAGCGUCCUCAACAUCCCUUUUGUCCAGCAACACCUCAAGCUUUUCCUUCUUCACCAAGAAUCCCAGCUCUUCAAGCAGCAACAUCUGGCAAAGCUCCAUGAGGAGGACAACACAGAUCCCCUCCCACUCACACCUCAAAGUAAGACACUGUUGGCUCACCAAGGGAGGGGAGCCUUAAGGCCAAAGUCAGCUCCACCGUAUGUCAACACACACAGUCCAGAGCUUUAUGAGCCAGAGGAGCUCUCCAGCACUCUAGACAGCAGCUCAGAUUACUCUGAAGACUUUGAGCAUGAAAGUGUAUCUUCCAUUGAGGAGAACUUAGAAGAUGACAUACCCAUUCCACCUCUGAUCAAGGAGGUGCCAAGAGAGAUAGACCAGUACAGCUCUCCUGACAAACUAUUACCCUCCAGCCCUCUGAGCACAGAUUUACAAGAGUGGAAGGAUGAGGCGGAGCUGACCGAUUACCCUGAUGAUUUUGAGGAGGUUGAAGAGACCAGCCUGGAGGACGUGGUGAGCAAUGCUCGCUGUGCGAUCAAGGUGCCAGCUGACAAUGAGGCAUUCCAGGAGGAACAGAUGGAUCACCAAGGGCCUGCUGCUCUCUCCUCCACCCUGAAGACUUUGCGGGAGACAUGCAAAGGUGAGGCUGGACCUUCUCUGUAUGAUGAAAUCACAGGUCAGGCCCAGUUCACCCCUGAGGAUCUGCAGCCUCAUUUUGAACAUCGAAUGGGCCCUGACCACCUGGAGACCUGCUAUCUGCUCCUCAGCUUGGACCAGGAAACAACUUAG